AUGGCUCAUUGGCUACGGUGCAGGCCCUCGACGAACUUCUCCAUGAUAGCGAUGAAGAGCGUAUGGAUCAACCACAAGGAAGAAGUAAGAUCGCGUCAGGAGGCGGUCACAGUAGAGAGGAAACCGGUCACAGAUGAAGAGGCCGAAGAAGUGGACAGCCUGUCUCUCUCUUCGCUCUUCGCCAAAGUACAGGCCCUGUAUCAGCGCAGUCAGGUCCCAGGAGGAGGCAGAAAGGGGUUGUGCUUCGACUGCAGCCCGAAAGAGAAGGAGGAGGUGAUAGAAAGAGCUCUGUUUUACUCGAGCCGAGCCAUGGACGUGCUGGAGAGGGCAGGGAUCUUCUCAGAGAAUGAGACCAUCCAGGAUGUGAACACACCAGACAUGAGAUUCCUGAUGAUCCCAUACUUCCAUGCCAUGCUGCUUGCCAACUGCAGUGACUUGUCGAUCCGUCGAGAUCGCCUCGACAAGUCAUGCGAGACGAUAAGGAGGUUCCUCAAGCUUUGCACGGACCUUGAGGUCCUUCAGGACCCUACUUUUGUCUCCGGUUGCAGGCGCAUCAUUGACGAUGUCAAGUCUCCUCCUGCGGACGCAAACCACCUCCGAGCUGAGAGAAUAGCGCGGCACCGGAGGGAGAAGGAGCUACGGGAGAAGCUGGAGUCGCUUCCUCAGACGCAAAUGAAGAAUGAGAGCGAUACGGUAGACGUGGAGCUCAACAGGGAGAGGCUGUUGUUGGAAGUGGAGGAGGCGAUAUUGAAGUCGAUGAACGAGAUCUCGUUGUUCGAGCAAGAGAAAGAACUUCUAGGUUUUCGUUCUUCAAUGCCCAAUCCUACAGGACCGCCAGUCGCUCGCCCCGCAAAUUCAAAGGAUGCUGGGAAGAUCAAGACUGUUCAUAUUCCCAAGAAAGAAAACACUGCGGGGAGCGAGAAGCUCUUGCGCGCAGGAAGGGUCCCCGUUGUUGGGAGUGAAUACGAGAAACGUGAGGCAAUUCGGCAGAAUGUCUUCUGCAACCCGAACCCUGCCACAAUGACAGUCCAGGAGUGGGGAGAGAUUGAAAUGCAGCGAAUGAAGGAGCAGCAGGAGCAGCAGGCCAAGAGAAAGGAGGAAAUGGAUGAGGAGGAGUCAAGAUUGACAGAAGAGGAGAAGGAGGAGCGUGAGAGGAGGAAGAAAUCUUCUUGGGACGACUACAAGGACGUGAACCCCCGUGGAGCAGGCAACAAGGGAGACCAUUACUUCAAGAGGUAGACUAUCAUACAAUCUUUAAUACACUACAAGCAU